GCCGGUCACUCCAGCACCAGUCGCUCCGGUGCCGUCGCGCGCAGCCGUGCGUCCUGGCCGCGGCGCGUAAUCCUGCAGAGUGGACCGACGCUCCGCGCCAACGCGACCCGAUGAGACUCGUCGACGCGCGGCAUCUCCCGCAGCUGAUGUCGCUGGAGGACCAGGAGCCCACGAUGGUGGGAGGAACCAGCAUGGGCGCGCGGAACUCCACGCCCGCGGCGACGGCGGCGGCGGAGGAAGGCGCGGGCGGCGCCGGGCAGCAGCCGCAGUCUUUCCCCUGGGUGGUGACGCUGUUGGCCGGCGUCCUCAUCACCACCAUCGUGGUCGAUGUCAUCGGGAACCUGCUGGUUAUCGUGUCCGUGUUCAGGAACAAGAAGCUCAGGAAAGCAGGAAACGCCUUCGUGGUGAGCCUGGCGCUCGCCGACCUGGUGGUGGCCAUCUAUCCGUACCCGCUGGUCCUGACCGCCAUCUUCCACGACGGCUGGAUCGCCGGCUACAUCCACUGUCAGAUCAGCGGCUUCCUCAUGGGCCUCAGCGUCAUCGGCUCCAUCUUCAACAUCACCGGCAUCGCCGUCAACCGCUACUGCUACAUCUGCCACAGCCUCAAGUACGACAAGCUCUUCUCCAACAGCAACACCAUGUGCUACGUGGUGCUGGUGUGGGCGCUCACCAUCCUCGCCAUCGUGCCCAACUGGUUCGUGGAGUCGCUGCAGUACGACCCGCGCGUGUACUCGUGCACCUUCGCGCAGUCGGUCAGCUCGCUGUACACCAUCACCGUGGUGGUGGUGCACUUCAUCCUGCCCAUCGGCAUCGUCACGUACUGCUACCUGCGCAUCUGGAUCCUCGUCAUCCAGGUGAGGAGGAGGGUCAAGCCGGACUCGCGGCCCAAAAUCAAGCCGCACGACCUCCGCAACUUCCUCACCAUGUUCGUGGUGUUCGUGCUCUUCGCCGUGUGCUGGGCGCCGCUGAACUUGAUCGGCCUGGCGGUGGCGCUGGACUCGCGGCUGGGCCGCUCCAUUCCGGAGUGGCUGUUCACGGCCAGCUACUUCAUGGCGUACUUCAACAGCUGCCUCAACGCCGUCGUCUACGGCGUCCUGAACCACAACUUCAGGAAGGAGUACAAGAGGAUCGUCCUCAUCGUCUUCAAUCUACACUGCUGAGACGUUUGUGACUUUUUAACGGACGAGGACAAACGGCCGCGAGUGAAAGAGAGGGGACUUGGCGGAAAGGAAUAAAUGAGGCUUCACAACAGAGAGAGAAUCAGUGAAACCUUCUCUGGCGAUUUCCUGGACGUUGGAUUAUCCAAACACUGUGACGCACCAACUCCUCCAUUAACUCAAGUCGAGGCAGAAACACAAACAUUGACGCUGUUCCUGUCGCCUCCAUCGAGUGACUCGUAAUAAAUUACAUUUCUUUUAUCUACGUUAACGAGAAAAAACAAAAAUUGCGCUGUGGGGAAAAAUCUGAAUGUCAAAGUUUAACACGAGGCUCUGUUUGUUUACACAAACUAUUUCCAUCAUAUUACAAAUUUAACAUUAAAUAUAUUUUGGUACGGUGGCCCUGAGAGUUCAAAAUAUGUCAGAAAAGACACAAAAUUACACGGCAAAUAUUAAUUUAGCUCAUUUUUCAACACAAACCGGUGAGUAGUGACUUCAUAUUUUUUGAGUUUUGAUUAUUUUCAUUGGCAGCAGUUGAGUUGAGCUCUCGGGGCCACCGUAGAUCUGAGGAAGAAGCCAAACUCUCAAAGAAAGAACUAAAGGAAAGUGGAGGAUGGACAGAGAGGCCACAAUUUAGGCUCAAUCCAUCUUAAUCCAGCGUAAUUCCCUCGACACAAACCUUCUCAAGCUGUGUUUGAAAUCCACCAAAAAACGUCCUCAAAAUCAUAAAAAUAAAACAAAUUGACCUUGUUGGUCUUGCUCAUGCGAGAGCCAUGUAGAGACAACUUCCUCUUACUCCCAGAUUUCAAAAUAAAAGCACUUGUGCCAUAUUUGGGCUCCCACAAAUUUUAGUGCCAGAAGAACUUUUAGAAGAGUUUUACCUGCUUAUAGUUAUCACCCUUUUUACAUAAACGUGACAAAAUUCAUGUCCAGAUGUCACUGAGAUAAACACAUCUGAACUCGUCCUGUGGGACUGAACCAUGUUUUGCUGAAUAUGACGUCAUCGGUGGGUCGAUUCUUACCAAAAUUCAAUGGGAACAUACUUCCUGUGAUCACCCACCCAUCACAAAAAAAAAUCACAUUGAUCCGUCAAUAAAAUUCAGACAGGGAGUUGCUAAAAGAAGGACAAACUUUCAGAAAACAGUCUUAAUCAGAAGUCUCAAUCAUUUCCCGUCGUUUCGAGUAUGAUUUUAUUCUUAAAUCUGUAAUAAAGCCAUGUUCCUGAUGCAAAAAAAACGACCUCAACACAACUGCACCUCGGUUAUUUACGAGUGAAUUUACCUCGCAACGUUGACCGGUGUAGCAUCUACCUCAUCAUCAGGACUCAUGCGGGACACAGGACAGAGCGUCGGACGGGGGGUGAAGACAGUUUGUUUGAAGAGAAACGCCGCCGCAGAUCUCAGGUUUCACACGUUUAACACAUGAUAACAGGAUUGUCAAAGACGCAACACUGUGAAUCCUUUAUUUUUGUAAGUCCUUCAUAUUUUCUUUACUUUAAGUUCCUACCUUCAGUUUUUGUCUAAUUCAGUGGUUCCCAAAGUCUGGGUGGGAACCCACAGAUGGGUCACGGGAGAUACUUUUUGGGUCCCCACACAAAUCGUGAAACUUUCAGUGAAUAUUUAUGUGAAUGUGUCUUAAAAAACAUACAAUGCUGUUUUAAGUCAUUUACACAACACAUCUUGGAAGUGAUUUGUUUAGCGAUGCUUAGCGAGUCUUUUCAGUUCACAUCACACCUCCACAGUUUCUGCUGCUCAGGCCCCGAGAACGUGUUUCCACAGCGACGCUACGCCGAGACGCUGAACCCGAGGAAGAGACGGGAGGAAUCUGUCAAACUGUCACAGAUUACAUUUACACCUGUCACAGUUCAGGAGUCUGACAGUGGAGACAGUGAUGGACAAGCACAUGUUAAUGUCACUGCGUCUGAGGGAAAGGGUCACAGCAGCAGACUCCAUUUACACCUGACGGAGAGAUGGAUGGAUGGGUGGAUGGAUGGAUGGGUAGAUACCCUGAAACGACACCUUGUGUUUUCACUGGCCAUUGGCCGCUAGCAGUUACAGCUACCUCACUGAUUUAGAACGUGAAUUCACUGUGGUCACAAUGUGUCUGAAGACUUUCCUUUAGCUUCCAAUUGUUAAAAUUCUGGUUUUAGACGAGCGUAAUCGGCCGUCCUCAACCGUCUGCUUCGUCUACUGGACUUUAAAUGCAUCAGUGAACCCUGUCUGUAGUUAGGCCGUCUGGAUCGCGAUCCAUCGCCGGUUUAUCUACGAUAGUUUCGCACGGUCGAGCUAAAUCUGAUUUUGAAAUGACAGAUGUUAUAACAAUAAAAUAAAAAUGUUA